AUGGACAGGAAUAUUCCCAUUCAGGAAUUCAAUCUUCAUGAUUUCCACUUUUAUUAUGGAUUUGUUUAUAUUUCUUCUUGUUCACUAAGUUAUUCUGUGGUGCUGCCGGACGACGUGGAAGAGAGCCAGAAAUCUUCUCGCCCAACAAAGCUCAUUUAUGUAAUUGUAACAACGAACGAGGAGGAAGCCUUCAAGGAUUUGGAUUACGCAUUUCUCAUCGGUGCUAUGCCACGGAAACAGGGCAUGGAACGCAAAGAUCUGCUUGCUGCAAAUGUUAAAAUUUUUAAAUCACAAGGAAUGGCGCUUGCCAAGUAUGCUAAACCAUCCACCAAGGUACUGGUCGUUGGUAAUCCAGCGAACACGAACGCACUGAUCUGUGCGAAGUUUGCGGAAUCGAAAAUACCGUCCAAAAAUUUCACCGCCAUGACUCGUCUGGAUCAUAAUCGUGCGCUGGCACAGAUUGCAAUGAAGUGCGGUGUCGGGAUAAGCGACGUGAAGAAUGUGAUUAUUUGGGGUAACCACUCAAGCACUCAGUUUCCGGACGUUGCACAUGCUAAGGUGAAAAAGGGUGGCCAGGUACUUGACGCCUACCAAGCAGUCAAUGAUAAGGAGUGGAUUCAAGGACCAUUCAUCAGCUGCGUACAAAAGCGUGGUGCAGUAAUCAUCGAAAAGCGGAAGUUGUCAUCGGCAAUGUCUGCAGCAAAGGCAGCUUGUGACCAUGUGCGUGACUGGCACAAAGGAACCAAACCGGACGAAUGGGUGUCCAUGAGUAUCCUGUCCGAUGGCUCGUAUGGUAUUCCGAAAGGGCUUGUUUUCUCUUUUCCUGUCACUAUUUCUAAUGGAGAAUACAAAAUUGUGCAGGGCUUGCAAUGGGACAGUUUCGCGAAGGAAAAGAUUGCCAUUACGCAGAAAGUAAGUACUAUCCUGUUUGCCUGA